AAACUAAGCAAUUUGCUCUCUAUCACUGCACCUCUUUUCUCUCCACGCUCUCUCUAUAUGUAACCCCCCCGUUCACGACCAAGAUGCCUCCCUCCUCGGCCAUCCAACAAUCCCUCAGCAGCCUGCUCCCAACCCAUGCGGCCAAACUCCCUGCCCCGCUCGUCCACCUCUGCGAAUCCCUCCUCGCGCAGUCCCGCCAGCGAGCCUCGCACCUGAAAACCGACGAGGAGAUCGCCCGGGCCUACGCAUGCUGCGAGAUCGCGUGCGCUAGGCUCAGGGUGAAGUGCCGGUUGCCGGCGGUCAAGACGGGAGGGGCACCGUGCAAGCCGGCCGUGUAUAAGAAGUUGGUGACCUUUUUGGAGAGGGUGUUGGAUGAGGAUGGCGUUGCCACGACCACGACCACGACCACGCCCACGUCGACCCCCGGAAAGAGGAAGCGGACGGCGGACGGGGCACUGAAGCCGACUGCAGCGGAGAGUGGGCCGGCCACGCCGUCGAAAUCUACACGACGGAACGAAUUUCUGGGAAAGAUCAAAGCUAGCGCGAAGAGGAGAGACGAGGGCGACAAUGACGGCGAAGCACCGUCUUCCACGAUGCCCUCGAUCCGCAAACUCUGCAGGAAUUUCUCAACGCCUCUGCUCGCCCCGCACGUCUACACCGGUACCUGCGUCGUCCUGAAACUCAGUGCCCUGUGGCCGCCGGACGAGGACGGGGCAGCACCAGAUGAAGAUUCCUUCCAGGAGACCGUGACGGGUCUCUUGACAGCUCUCUAUCUCAUGACAUUGACGCGCAUGCAAACGGCCAAGAUGACAACGUCGGUGUACAAGUCUACGUGCGCGAGGGCGGUAGAAGUCCUCGGGUAUCGGCCCGGGACGAAGGGCGUGGAGGAGUGGAUCAGGCGGAUCAACCGCGAGGGCUACUGUCGGGGCCAGGACUGGUGGACCAGCGUCCCGGAGAAGGUAUUCCACUUUGACCCGACUGUCGACGGCGUUGGAAAUCCUGGUGGUGGCGACGAAGAGGGAGAGGGAAGCCUUGACGGUCGGUUUGAUGGCGAGGAUGGCGAUGACGAUGAAGACGAGGAUCCGAUUCUGUCGGGUCGGAGCAGACGCAAGGCUCAACCAGAUCCCGCGCGAGGGAAGACGGGCCAGAAGGGAAUGGACGACGAGGAUGAUCCCGAAGGCGUCUUGCUCCCGGGCUUGGCGACCAUGAUGCAAGACGCCCUGGACCUCUUGAGCGCAGAGCGGACACGCGAGUUCGAGGCGUGGAAGAAGCAGUUCUUGCGCAGGCUGGAGAAGGUUGAUAAGACGGCCGCUGUCGCCCCCGGUGCGAGAGCUGGAAAGCGCGCUGCUGCCACGGGCGCCGUUGACAUUGCUGUGGAAUGAAAACAUGAAUGGAUACUAUACAAUCAACAGUCCCCAUCCUCCGUAGAUUGUGGCCACAAAGGAAGAGAGCACUGGUCUCGGGCUACAAGACUCGACGAAUAGGAAGCUCCUUUGCGAUAUAAAUAAGUCCGGAAACGUUCACUUUUU